AAUGACGUUUGACUUCUACACUGCCGGCGGAAAAUAUAUAUACUUUUUAUCAACUGCAUUCUUCUGCUGAACAUAAGCGCGUGAAUAUUGCUUUUUUUUCAAAUAUUAGAAUCCAGACAGCUCUCCCUCUCUCUCGUUUCUUCCUUGAAGAGCAGGGGCAUGGAUGCAGAAGGAUUUGGGGAGCUUCUGCAGCAGGCAGAGCAGCUGGCUGCAGAAACCGAGGCUGUGUCAGAGCUGCCUCACGUUGAAAGGAACCUUCAGGAGAUCCAGCAAGCCGGGGAGAGGCUUCGAUCCCGCACGCUCACCCGCACUCCCCAUGAUGCGGCAGACGUAAAAGCGUCAAUCCUUCUUGGUUCAAGAGGUUUAGACAUUUUCCAUAUUUCCCAGAGACUGGAGACUCUAAGUGCUGCCACAACGUUUGAGCCUCUGGAGCCAGUCAAAGACACGGAUAUACAGGGCUUCCUGAAGAACGAGAGGGACAACGCCCUCCUGUCAGCCAUCGAGGAGUCUCGCCGCAGGACGUUCCUGGUGGCUGAGGAGUAUCACCGCGAGUCCAUGCUGGUUCAGUGGGAGCAGGUGAAGCAGAGAGUUCUCCACACGCUGCUGGGGGCUGGGGAAGAUGCUCUGGAUUUCAGUCAAGAUGUGGAGCCCAGCUUCGUGAGUGAGGUGACAACCCCAGGAAGGAGUGCGCUGGACAGUGUGGAGGUGGCGUACGCUCGGCAGAUCUACAUUUUCAACGAGAAGAUAGUGAACGGACACAUUCAGCCCAACCUGGGGGAUCUGUGUGCGUCCGUGGCAGACAGCCUCGAUGACAAGAACGUCUCCGACAUGUGGCUGAUGGUGAAGCAGAUGACUGACGUGCUGCUGGUUCCAGCUAAAGACACCCUGAAGAGCCGCACGUCUGUGGAAAUGCAAAUGGCUUUUGUUCGCCAAGCACUCAACUUCCUGGAGAACAGCUACAAAAACUACACCAUGGUGACCGUCUUCGGAAACCUCCAUCAGGCCCAACUGGGAGGGGUGCCUGGAACGUACCAACUGGUCCGCAGCUUUCUGAACAUCAAACUGCCGGGACCCUUACCUGGCAUGCAGGACGGCGAGGUGGAGGGUCACCCCGUGUGGGCGGUGAUCUACUACUGUCUGCGCUGCGGCGAUCUGAACGCAGCCAUGCAGGUGGUCAACAGAGUGCAGCAUCAGCUGGGAGACUUCAAGAGCUGGUUCCAGGAGUACAUGACCAGCCCAGACAGGCGCCUUUGCCCCACGUCAGAGAACAAGCUCCGCCUUCACUACCGCCGCGUGCUGAGGAACAGCGCCGACCCCUACAAGAGAGCCGUCUACUGCGUGAUCGGGAAAUGCGACAUCAACGACAACCACGGAGAGGUGGCGGACAAGACCGAAGAUUACCUGUGGCUGAAGCUGAACCAGGUGUGCUUCGAUGACGACGGCAGCAGCUCUCCUCAGGACCGACUCACCCUGCCGCAGUUACAGAAGCAGCUCCUGGAGGAUUAUGGCGAGUCUCAUUUCUCGGCGAGCCAGCAGCCCUUCCUGUACUUCCAGGUCUUGUUCCUGACGGCUCAGUUCGAGGCGGCCGUGGCGUUCUUGUUCCGCGUGGAGAGACUCCGCUGCCACGCCGUCCACGUCGCCUUGGUUCUCUACGAGCUGCGGCUGCUUCUCAAGUCGUCCGGUCAGAGCGCUCAGCUGCUGAGUCAGGAACCCGGAGACCCGCCGAUGAUCCGUCACCUCAACUUCAUCCGUCUGCUGAUGCUCUACACUCGUAAGUUUGAGUCCACGGAUCCACGGGAAGCUCUGCAGUACUUCUACUUCUUACGCAACGAGAAGGACAGCCAGGGAGAAAACAUGUUCAUGCGCUGCGUCAGUGAACUCGUUAUCGAGAGUCGAGAGUUCGACAUGCUGCUGGGGAGAUUAGAGAAGGAUGGCAGUAGGAAGCCCGGCGUAAUCGACAAGUUCGCCGGAGACACGCGAGCGAUCAUCAGCAAAGUGGCGUUGGAGGCGGAGAACAAAGGCCUGUUCGAGGAGGCGGUCCGACUCUACGAGCUGGCCAAGAACCCAGAUAAGGUUCUGGAGCUGAUGAACAGGCUGCUGAGUCCGGUCAUUGCUCAGGUCAGCGCGCCUCAGUCCAACAAGGAGAGGUUGAAGAACGCCGCCGUGGCCAUCGCAGAGAGGUACCGCUCUCAGGGGAUCGCAGGGGAGAAGGCCGUCGACAGCACGUUCUACCUGCUCUUAGACCUGAUGACCUUCUUUGACGAGUACCACGCCGGCCACGUGGACCGAGCCUACGACAUCAUGGAGCGGCUGAAGCUGCUUCCUCUCAGCCAGGAAAGCGUGGAGGAGAGAGUGGCGGCGUUCAGGAACUUCAGCGACGAGGUUCGACACAACCUGUCUGAAGUUCUGCUGGCCACCAUGAACAUCCUCUUCACACAGUACAAGCGCCUGAAGGGGGCGCCGGCGGGCACGCCAGGACGACCGCAGAGGAGCUUGGAGGACAGAGACGUGCAUCUCCGCGCUCAGGCCCGAGCCCUGAUCACCUUCGCCGGCAUGAUCCCCUACAACAUGGCGGGCGACACCAACGCCAGGCUGGUGCAGAUGGAGCUGCUGAUGAACUGAGCGCCCACAGACUGGCGUAUCCUCGGACUCUGAGCGCUGUCACGGCGCCGGGAGACGUUUGUUUGUACAGUCUUUCAUCCCAUUUCACUCAUCACUGUUUGUGUUUUCAGCAUUUUGUUUUUAUUUGUACCUUUGAAGAUCAGAAUAAAAUAUGUUUACUUUA